AUGGCCUCCUCAACCUUUCAGACAAGGACAUUUUCCAUUCAGGUAAGCGAAGAAAAAGGUACAGGUUGUCUUAAGCCAAAACUUGUCUAUAAUUUUUUGUCUUGGUCGACUAAUCGAAUGGGCUGGAAGAGUUGUGAUCUCUCAGUUGGAGCGAUCACACCCUGAAGCCGGUGUCAUAAUUCCCUGAUCUCCGGCUACUUGACUAAUUAUCUAGCGUUAUGGGAUCUCUUUUCGCCCCGGGGGAUCGCUGGUUGAGUUUGCCGGCCAGAUAAAAUGGAUGCCAAUCAAUCUGUCCCACCUCUCCGAUGUGUGUUUAUUUGACUUUUGCCCAUUGCACUAUUAGUUAGUUAUUUUUUCGCUUUUUUUUUCGGCCCAUCUAUUUUCUCCUUCGUUUAUGGCAACCUGAAGUUGUUUCGAUUGUUUCAGUAUGCUGGUCUCGUGCCUCAAAUUAAUGCGAAUAUAGAUCCAAGUGGACGAACGGACCUUCUGAAAGUCCUGGACAGGGCGCAGGUAUUGGUUCAAUUUUAAAGUAUCUUUGAAAUGAUGACAAAUGAUUUGUGACGCCUUUGUUGUUGACAUCCAAAAGGCGUAAAAACAAAAUGAAAUUUUAUUUAAGGCUGAUGGCCAUAUAACACUCAAUCCGAGUCACAAACAUGAGAAUGCUCUCUUGGAACUCGACCAUCAAGCUGUGGUAGUCCGCAGCAAAAAAGACAAUGUAAGUGCUUACCAAUCUGAAUGUAUAUUUGUAAAACGUCCCACCCACCCGUAUCUGUAGACUUAUUGACCUUUUCGAGCACCCAUUACGUUUAUUUUUUCAGGAUGUUCUUUUAGUAGUGCCACUGCACAUGUUGGGUUCCGUUGGCUAUGUGAUCGAAGAUGAUGCACAUAUUGUUGCUUUGAAGAUCGGCGAGGUUUACGAGUCUAUGGAUUUUGUGGAUUUGGCCGUAUUUCAGGUCAAGGAAAAGGUUGUUUUGUAACACUUUCUAUUUCUUUGCAUGUUUGGGUUUUGUUGGUGGACUGAUGCUGUUUACCCGCCUCCGGGCACGUCAUAUAUAGUGUUCUGGGUUCCCUUUUUUUAUUUUUGUCCUUUCAUGUUUUUUUGGCUUUUCACGCUUCCCAUAUUCGAUCGGGUGCUUCAUUUCAAACUUUUAUUUUUAUUUUACUGUCUCUUGGAGGGAGUCAUAGCAUUUUCAACCCGAAGUUCUGCCGUAAAGUACGUAUUUACCGCGGGGGAUGGCAGAAGUUUUGUUGUGAAGUUAUGGGACCUUUGCUUUAUCGAUUAAGCGGUAUUAUUGUGUUCUUUUACUGUAAAAAACAAUGUUUUUCCGAGGCAUUUCCAUAUUUUGGAAGAUGUCCGACUCCUCGGCUCUACUCUUUGAAGUUUCUGUGACUGAUUCGAUUUGGGCACUUUGUUCCAGCGCCAAACGAUAUUAAAGGGUUCUCGAUUCACGCCUGCCCUCGGCGACUUCAGUCAACGGAAGUGCCCGGUCGUGGCCAGAAGAACAUCCCGUAACGAACGAGUAGCGUUUUUUGUUUUUCUGUCGACUUUUAUCCCAUCUCUUCUCUGCUGACGCCACUCUCUCUCCUCACUUCUUGGGCCUUUUAUUGCGCAUCCCUGUUCACGUCGAAUUCUCGUCAAUGUGCUCAUUCCCACGCAAAGAUUUCGACUACUUCUUACACUUUGUAAUUUGUUUAACACGGGAUUUUGAAUUAUUUUUUCUUUGCCCCUCCUUUUGUUUACGUUCAUUAUUACGCAGUCUUCAACACAUGUAGCCUAUUCUGGUCCCGGGGGUGAGCCACUAUAAAAAUGUUAAAAUUGUGAAGAAUAUUCCUUUAGAAUUAUUUUUGCGUAACUGUUUAUAUUUAGUUGUGCAUUUAGAAGGUCGCCGAAGAUAUCUGUCAUCAUUUUGAUGAAUCAUUUCAAAGGCUCUACAGAGAGACCAUGGCAGGAACGGUGGGUCUGACGGUGGAUCACGGUAAGUCCCUAAUUACGACCCUUGAGUUACUCAGGAGAACGUAAUCUUUGGGAAUUGCUAGGUAAUUGCUCUUCCUGUAAUAAUAUUUACCCUUCUAGGUCCGGUUAGAUCUGUGUCGACCUCAAGUUUCUCACCCAAAUCCGAUGUUGUCCCUUCGUUAGGAGUUUCGUACGUUUUUUCAAUCUCGGAAUUGAUACAAAACUCCUCCUUUUUUCAUUUGCAGUAAUGUCUACGGAGUCACUGAGGUAUCUUGCAAAACGAAGCAUCAUUCGAAUAGCAAUGCCCUGUCGCUGAGUACUAGUAGCACCAGUGUAUCCUCAAAGAACAGUAUGGAUCGUAUCAAUGAGUAUUUGACAAUGGUAGGAAACGACUUAAAAUUUACACAUCAGUAGUCACAAAUCGCCCAAGGGGUGUAGCUAGGGGUGAUGGGAACUUGCUUAAUCGUAUUAUCAUAGCAUUGUAUGUUUACAAGACUUCUCACAUCGGUAACGAGUCAUACCAAGCGGAGGGAACUUUCCUGGCGUGCUCUGUCAUCGGAUUUCUAGGAAUUCUGGAUCUUUUACCCUUAAUUUCACUUACCCAUUUAUAAACCGCCCUGGAUUGAAUGGCGUCGGAAUUGGCGCCAAGAAGAAGAGGCUGUGGAGGGGUCGGAAAAUGGGCAAAAUUCUGGCUUCGGCUUUCUGGACCCGCGGAAUUGGCUUUCAUUUGCGGGCAACAGUGGUUUGGAGACAGAUGCGGCUGACGAGUGUCUCCACCGCCUUCUGACCCGCUCCACGACCACUUUCUGACUCACACUUGACGACCUUCGAACGCCUCAGGAAACAUUGACCCUUCAGGCCGUGGGCCAAGUUCCUUUCUUGUUAUUUGUCGCGCAAGCAUUGCUUCCAAACCCGGGGUUAAUUCUAUUUUUUUUUUGACUUACUUUGUUAGGCGCUUUUUAAUCUUAUUCCUCUUCCGGGCUGCUUGUUUCAAUUGUUCUUCAAGAGCCCAGCGGAAUCUUCGCUAUGCUAUUGUCAUUCGUAUCAUGCCGUUUACCUCCUCUGCCGGCCCCUUCUUCUAAAAGCAUGGUAUGAAACCUAAUGGAUUCUGCCAGGUCUGACCUUUCUCGGAUAUUUAUUUAUGUGAUGAGAUUGGAAACCACUGCUCCAUGUUCUUGGCAUUGCCGGAUUUAUGGGAUGAAUAAGGAAGGAUUAUGUCUGAUUUCGAUCCUUUUUUAUCACCCGUCAUCAUCAUUUGGGUAUAAAUAGAGGCCGCCCGUCUUAUCAGUCAUUAUUUUCAGCUUUCGGUGUGUUUGUCUCAUGAAGAGCUAAACAAAUUUGCCUUGCUGUUAAAGAGAUGGCGCGCCAAAGAAAUGCCAGUGCUGGAGUUCGCGCAGAAAUUGAUGGAAUUGUACGGCCCAGAACGGAAACACUUGCUAGCCCGUAAGGUUCUCGAGUAAUUCCUGUCCAGCACCCUUUUUGUUUACUCAUUUUUGUUUACUUUGACUGCAUUAUUUUCCAGCUGAAUGCCGAUAUAUUGCUUGUUUUAUAGGCAUGAAAAGCUUGUUACGCGACGUGUCAGCCGAGGAAUUGGUCACGUUGAGCGAAUUUCUGCGUCAGAACGGGGUCACGGAGAACGCGGCCGUAUCCCUGAGUGCGUCUACCGGCGACUUCAGCGCGGCCACGGACUCCUCAUUACCCACGAGCGAUGAGUUUAGGUGCGGGGGUUUGGCCAGAUCUAUUAUCUUUUUCGACGGCCGAACGAACAACUCAUUUGCCUUGUUUCGGCCGUUUUAAUUAACUUGAAUAAUUUUCUGAUAUUUAAUCCACUUGUAUUUUCAGUGGCGGUCUUUGGUCUGCCGGACGUCGGAACCUAUAAGUGUCUGUAAUUAUAUUCCAAAUAAACUUUUCCAUAGCGCCACAUUGUGAGGAUUAUCGUGUUGAGGUCACCGGUUUACUGGAUUUGUUGAAGAUGCCUUGUAUUUUGACUUUUUCAAUUAUUUUUUUCAUUUCUUUUUACGUGUUUUUCGAGAGAUAUUUAUUGUUGGCCGGCCAUUAAAUCGAGUAAGGGUUAUAUUUUUAGACCAUCGGAUGUUCAGUUGAAUCCAGUCCGAUCGGCUUCGUUCACCCCAUCUGGCCCAAGUUCGAAUCAACGCCGCGACCCCGCAUCUCGUCCCCCCAAGCCCUCAAGACUGAAGCGUAAGGCCGACGGCGAGUUGGUCUCCGAUCGGACAUCCGAGCGCCCCAACGGCGUCGCGAUGAGUUCGUCGACAACAAUGGAGAACAGCCAUCACAAAACCCAGUCAAGCGGCGGUUUCCGCGGUUUGUUCAACAAGCUCAGGAAGCCCUCCGAACACGCGAGUCAGGUAGGUAUGAUGGAUAAAGCCGGGUUAUUAUGUCGGAGUGUCAUCCAUGUCUAGGACCGGGACCAAAAGAAGUUGGUUUUUUAGGGUUUUUUAAGAGAUGGUUUUCCUUGAUCGUCUAAUAAUGGCCACGCCUCAAGUAAUUGAGUUCCAUUUCUGUGGUUAGGUUACUAGAUUAGCAGUAAGCUUAUUUUCAGUAUUUCUUUUCUUGCUCGACUGAAAACUUUGCACAAGAAUUCUGUUUCCAAAGUAGAUGAUGGACCUUUUCUAGAGUAUGUGAGUAGGGUUCGGGUAUUUUCACCUCGUGGUUGAAAAUACCAGGGUAAAUGCCCGAAAUUUCGGGCAUACUUAAGUAUUUAUAAAAUUAGCGUAGUUUACCUAAUAUAGUGCCAAUAUGAAGUCGUUUGUAACUUAUUAAUUAUUUUACUCAUUUUUGUAACAUGACUUUUAUUUUUUUCAACUAAACAAGCAGAAAAAUUACUUUAAAAAUGACAAAAAUCCAGUUUCUUUCACGUUCUGUGGUGGCACCGGGUAAUGAGUUGGCAACUGUAUGGGUCAUGCGCGGCCCGGCCGUGUCUCACAGGUUUACUUGCUAUGGCAAAACUCCAAAAAUUUCCGCUGCGCCUUACGCCGUGAAAAGUUUUCCUAGGUCCCCCCUCACCGUUUGUUUCUUCUUCGGCCAAUUAAUUCCUCAUUUUGAAAAUUUCCAUAAAUACCCGAAAAAUCGCGGGAAUUUUGAAAAUUAUCCGUAUUGUGGAAAAAACCUGCAAAAACCAAAAUUUUGGUACUUUUCUUUCUCGCAAAAUUAAAACUGCACUCGCGAAUUUGGGGUAUUAGCCUAAUUAUGACACAUUUUUAUUGAAAAGUACUAGGGUUGUCAACUUGACGCGUCAGUCACGUUGUCAAAUUGCCGCCAUUUUCAAAUUGUGCUUUUUUUGGAAAAUAUUUGUAGAAUUUCGCUAAAAAAAUCGUAGUUUUUAGGGACAAAAUUGCUCUUUGUGAAAACUACCGAUGAAAUAAGCAUUAAAACUAGUCACGACUAAUAUUAACGGUAUUCAUCAUAGUCUAUUUUUAAACUCGCGUUUGAAUGCUUCGUAAGUCAGAAAUUUUUCAACUUACAAGGGAAGUACCCAAAGUCCGACGCUCAGAUUUUCUUUUAAUUUUGCACACACGUCGGGCAUAAACUAACAGGGGAAGUACUCCAAGUGCGACGCUCAGAUUUUCUUUAAAUUUUGCACACACGUUGGGUAUGGACUAAAUAUCAAUUCCUGAAAGUUUUAGCUCGCGCUUUACCGGCGCCGCCGAGAUAUCGAACGAUUUUUGCCGCCGAGAGAGCACGCUAAACGGGGAGAGCGGUCAGAGAGAAAAGCGCUUUUUGGCCAUAACUUUGGCAGUUUCGUGCGGAAAAAUUUGAUUUUUUGUAGAAACAUUAUCCUUUACGGUUGAAAUGGGCAUGAAACUUUUCGUGCCAAAAUUCGGCAAAAAGUCCAAAAUUUUCGCCGACUUUCGAUCUAAAAAUCUCGGUUGUUUCUGCAAAGCGCGAGCUAGGAUUCUCGCUUUUUAUAUCUUAGAAAAAAUUAUUCGAAAUUUGUGCCAAGUUUCAUCAAAAUCUGAGCGUCGCACUUGGAGUACUUUCCUUGUAAGUAUCAAUUUCUGAAAGGUUUGGCUCGCGCUUUGCAAGCUUUGAUCAUAACUUAGCUAGUUUCGUGCGGAAAAAAUUUAUUUUUUUUGGAAACAUUACCCUCAAGCCAAGAUUCGGCAAAAAUUGUCAAAUUUUCGCCGACUUUCGAUCUAAAAAUCUCGGUUGUUUCUGCAUAGCGCGAGCUAGGAUUCUCGCAUAUAUUCUAGAAAAAACUAUUCAUUUGUGCCAAGUUUUAUCAAAAUCUGAGCGUCGCACUUGGGGUACUUCCCCUGUUAGCCAAAAUGACGAAAAUGAAAAAAAAUGUAAAUUAAACCCUAUUUGUGAAUGAGGUCAAUUGUUGUAAAAAACAACGCUCAUUACUUUCCCAGCUGAACGAUAGCACGGUUACAUAUUUUGCCAUUUUUACAAUAAACUUGCAAAUGCACGAAAUAAUGCACAUUUACUUACAUAAUCUACCAUUGGGUCCAGUUUAGUUUAUGAGGAUUUCAAAUUUUGAUUCGAACUUUUACACCUCCAGCAUCAAUCCUUGUCACAAAAUUUCCACGUAGUGUCUUAGUUCCGGAAUUGUUACUAUUCCGGCGUUCCGGAACUGCUGAGUUCUUAUUUGUUGUGUGGGGAAUAUUAACUCUGGCAAUGUUCAUUAAGCUUUUAUUAAAACAAAAGAUCCCGACAUUAUUUUGUGUUCCCACCAAAGGCUAAAAUGGGCUGCAUCUCAUUAGGGAUAACUCCACAAGGACGUUUUUUAUAAUAAGUUAUUUCGUUUCUCGUCUGUCCUUUAUACCUUUGCCCUCGGCUAUGAUCGUUCAGUGGGGAUUAGGUCGUGUGAUCUGAAGGUGUUUUUGUUCUUUUGCUACGAUCAAAUUUUUUCUGCAAGGUUUACUUUUUUUGGAUUGUCUGAUAUCGCUGCCGCAAUAUUAUGACGAAUAAACAACAUGACAGUUAUAAACUUUCCCUUUCUUUUUUUGCUUUUUUUGGAACGACGUGAAGGCCGAGGGACCAGCCGCCUCGAGUCUGCUCGGGAACUUGCAGAAGCGAACACAAAAAAAUUAAAACGGAAAGUGCACAGAGAGCCUUGGAAUUCUUUUUUAACGUGUGUCCCUCCAUUUCUUAGUCCUCUUGCCUCUUCGGGCCCUCCGGGCAAAAAGGGAGACAUGGGAGAGUUGCAAACGCUUUUUGGGACGCCUUUUUCGCGGUUUGCAGCAUUUUUUGCAGCCCAAUUUCGAGGUUUGGCGGAUUCUGGGCCAUUGAGUAUAUGUCUAAGUAACACUUUUGUGUUGUUUUUUUCAUACGCUUUGGGAAGGAAGAACAGAGUCUGGUCGUCUCCGUUCUAAAUCAAAUCGGGUUCAUUCAUUGUAUUAACGUGGCGGAAAAAGAUUAAUUUAUACGAAUAGUUUUUCUGAAAAGGCCCUGGACAACCUAAAUAGCCGUGUAUAUUUCUACUCUAAGUGGGCUUUUAGGGUGAGAGCUUUUUUGCGGAAUGCCCCCUUUCUUUGCUUUUACUUAUCUUAUGAGAUUGUAAUACUUUUGAGAUUACUAAAGCCUUUUUGCUCAACUUGAGCCAAUGGUUCAGUGUUUGGCGGGCGUAAUUGUGUAGGUAACCACAACCUAAUUUUUUGGUAUACGUUUUGAUAUAACCAUCCUCAAUUAUGCUACAUUCUUUGGGUUAUAUUGGAAACAAAUGGAAAGUUUUUACGGCGCUAUGCAGUUGUAAACUUUACAGCGUUCUUAUCAUUCUACUUCCUCAGAUGCCUUAGCGGAAAAUAUCGGCGCGAUAUUCUUGGAAAAAGCAGUUUUUCGUUGAGCGUCCAUUUCCCGUAUCAUAACCGACUUAAAAGGUCGGCGGAUUGUGUUUAGACAGAAUUCCGCAGCCAAAGACAACUCUUUUUGUUGGGUUGGAUUGUUUUUUUGUAUUUGGACGGCCGUGCAUGUGGGGAGGCGCGGCCUCAACAGUUUUUCUGUUCUUUCCCGGCGGCGAUUUGUCUUUUCCAGGGUAUUGAGCGCUGAACUGUUUGAGCAUCUACUGCAUUAGGUUGGGCAGGGUUUAACUCAGGGAGCAUUGUUUGGUUUGCUAACUUUUGAAUUUAGGUUAGAGCCUAAAAUUUCCGGAAAUGAUUGUUCGGCAAGCUGAGGGUGUCACCCACAAGUAAGCGCAAAAUCACUUAAUCUCCGCUUAUUCGAAUUCAGAUUUAUGAAUUGUGAGUGGACGGGACUAUCUGAAGUUAUAGAGCGCUUGAUGUCUACAUUGACGUCGGUUGCCGUUAAUCUGAUGUUUAAUGCAGUUUUUAUUUUUUCGGGCUGGUGGGGUGGUAAAGGUUAGUAUCUGCAGAAGAAACUUAGAAUUAUAUGCGAUACGUAAAUGUUUCCUUGCAGAUUCUACAUGAGAGAUAUUAAAACGUCGUGUAAUUUUUGUCAUUUAAUUUUGUAAAGUUAAGAUGCAAUACUGUAUGCGUUGGUCGAGACGACGUAAAUACACCGUGCUCAUUUAAUUUAUAUUUCAAGCUUGGGUUCUGAUUUUUGAUUCUAGUACUGCCAUUUUCUUGCACAAGGGCCCGAUGUUUUUGUUAGUGGUUUGAUCAGUGGAAAACUUCAUUAUGAGUGUCUCAGCGCGUGCAGAGCCUAUAAUAAUAACCGCCCCAAAGGUAAGACAAGUUGGACUUGACUCACUUGUUUUUUCACAACAAAUUUUUUUACGAAUCAGGAUCUUUUGUUGUUGGGUCAGAAAAGUGGUGUUUUUUGGAUGCUUUCAGGGUUAUUUGUAUUACAAGUAAUAUAUAUUUGCUUUCUUUUCCUUCUUGGCGGAUUGAUUCUUAUACUGCCUAGUCUAUUUUCUUUUAUUGUUAAAGUCAUAGACAAUAAAAAGAAUGAUUGGCAGUGCUUUUCGUCUUUUGCCAUAACCAUCAAGUAUGUUUGUCAUGGUGAUGAUUGCCUUGUUUGCAUAACUUUGUUAACCCCCCAUUUUUGGAUUGUUUAUGAUAUGUAAAGCGGUUACUCUUCUUCUUGCCACGCACUUAUGCAGUAGAACCCUCAACUGCCCAAAAUCGGCCGUCGGAGAGGAUUAAAGCCGUUUUUUCUAAGCAGAUUAACAACAUGGCCGUUUCUCGGCUGCUACCUGUUCAUUCCCCCACACAUCCACGGGUGGGGGCUCGUCACUUUCCUCUUUCUAGUCGACGUUCUGGGACGGGCGAAGGUAGUAAGUAGCCGCUGCCUGCCGUCUCUUUUUUGGUCCUUGUUUUCGGCCUCGAACUGUUUUCAUCCCCUCCGGCUUCACGUAGCCCCUGUCCCAUAUUUCAUACCCUUUUUUGGCGUAUGUGUUUAGCCGGGCACGCUUUUUUUUUAGUGAGUAUUAAAUGAGUUGCGCGUGUUUCACUUUCAGCCCCGGAGGGCCAAAAGAGACCGGAAAUGGGGUCGGUGUUCCCCGUGUUGGACGUGAGACAUUGCGCUAGUAUUAAGGCAUUUUUGUGUUACAAGCUCGCGGGCAUUUUCUUCAUGCUGAUUAGAUACGGCCAAUCUAAAUUUAAAUUGCAGGGAUUGACUGUUUAAUUUCGGGUGUCGUUUUUACGAUUUCUGAUACCUCCUUCCUAUUACUUUUCUAAUUAUAGCGGAAUAAAGUCAAAGUCCGGCAUUACUCGUUCCUUAAUUAGGCUGUUAUAUGUUCAACGAUUCGUGAUUGUCGAACUUGGGACAUAAUUGAUGAUUCAAAGUCCUUAGGUAAUAUCUGCAGUACAGGCUAGCAUAAUUCUUGUGCUUUGGGGAGGAAGCAGCGAUUUUGUUUCUCGGAAUACACUAUGAAUGCUUUCAUUUAAAAGACGGUCAAUCUCUGACUGUUAAGGCGGAACCCUAAUAAGGAAACACAGAAGAGGAACAACCACGACUACCAUCAUGACGUCGUUUUCUUCCAUGUUUAAAGGAUUUAUCAAAUAUCCUUUUUCGGUAUGCUAAUAUUUUCUUUGGUUUAUUUUGUUAUUGAAAUUGUGGUAACUUGGAUUUUCCUUGUCAGUUUUACAUUGGUCUUCUUUCAAUUGGGUGCUCAUUCUGACCCAAUAUAAUAGAGACUACAGAUUUUAAUGUUGCAAUUCGUCUGGGGACUUGACGACUAUAUAUAUUAUAGGAAUGGAUGACAUUUUGAGUGGUAAUUAAUUCGGUUAGAUCAUAGUUUUCUGGUUGCAUAACUCUAGUGGUUAAUGGGAAGCGCUGGUAUUAUGAAACGUUUUAAUCCUUUUUCCAGGUACAGGUCGGGACGCGUGUUUAUGAUGCGAACGAGAUACAAAAAUUGAUCCCUCAAUUAGAAGAAACCAUCGAAAAGAAGAACCGACUUCUUCAACAUGCCCAGGAACAAAUUGAGGAUCAGCAGACAAAGAUUAGCCAACUCGAAGGCGAUAUCAAGACUUUGCAGGUAAACACGGACCGUUUAUUUUUUAUAAAAAAUAAGAUUUGUGUUUUACUGCUUAUCACUCUCAUUUGUUUACCCCGAACGGAACGAAGAGCGAUUCGUUUGCUCCCUGUUUUCUCUUCUUUUUUUUUUUGAUUUUUGUCUAGACGGUCAAAAUAUUCUUGCAAUUCGGGUGAAAUCAGAGUUAUCAAUUACGAAACUUUUGCAAAUUAUAGAGUGAAUGUGAUAAACUGCGAUCGGUAUUGAGUCAGAAGGCCGAAUCCGUGGCUUCGCCACCGACCCCACAGCCAAAGUCCAGUCAAAGCGAUGAUCCACAUGCAGAAAUCAAUCAGGUAUGUACAAUGCAAGUGAAACCAAACGAUAUCAUCUAUUUAUCGCCAAUAAUGAGAUUUGUUUUCCAGGAGGCUCUGCAGAAGAAAGUAUUACCCACUGAUAUCAAAACCAAUGAGCCCCGUGCCAAGAAGUUGGCCGUUUCUGCCGAGCCAGCCAAACUCGAGAGCAAGGCUACGCUCCAGCAUCACCCCAAGAGUGCUGGAUCCAAACAGAUGAUCAGAGAUGCUGUUCAAAAGAACGACUUCCUAAGACAACUUGCCAAGGAACAGGUCAUCGAAUUAGUCGAAUGCAUGUUCGAGAUGAGAGCCAGAGCUGGGCAAUGGAUUAUUCAGGAAGGAGAGCCCGGGGAUCGUCUCUUUGUUGUAGCCGAAGGUCAACUUCAAGUCUCCCGCGAAGGCCAAGCCCUGGGAGUUAUAAAUACUGGAGUUGUUAUGGGAGAGUUGGCCAUUUUAUAUAACUGUACAAGGUAAGUUGCGAGUUUUAUUAUGUGAUUUUAUUUAUUUUUAAACACUUGAAGUUUGUCAUGCACUUUUACGAUUAGAAAUUAACAAAGGUAUUUGCAGAACGGCGUCUGUUCAAGCUCUUACAGAUGUAGUAUUAUGGGUGCUGGAUCGAUCGGCCUUUCAGAUGAUUACCAUGAGGUUGGGAAUGGAACGACAUACCCAGCUCAUGAACUUCCUCCACAAGGUCUCCAUCUUCGAAAAUCUCCCAGAAGACCGAAUCUCCAAGAUGGCGGAUGUUAUGGAUCAAGACUAUUACGCAGGAGGGCAUUACAUUCUCAGGGAAGGAGAGAAGGGCGACACCUUCUUCGUUAUCAACUCAGGCCAAGUUCAAGUCACUCAGACCAUCGAAGGAGAAGAUGUUCCCAGAGAGAUCCGGGUCCUCAAACAAGGCGAUUUCUUUGGGGAAAGAGCUUUGUUGGGAGAUGAGGUCAGAACAGCCAAUGUAAUUGCGAUGAAUCCCGGGGUGGAAGUGCUGACUCUUGACAGAGAAUCGUUUUUGAAAUUGAUUGGGGAUCUUGAGGUGAGUCAGGUUACUAAAAUCGUUGAUACUUCUACUUAUCAUGGUCGGAAUGUCGUCAAUUGGGAAACUGAAAAUAUUUUUCUUUGCUUGUAAUUGUCGAGAUCAGAAUAAUCGAUGGUGUUGGUUUCAAAAAUCAUAUUCAUUUUUUGAUUGUAACUUUUGAUUAUUCUGAGUUCGACACUUACAAGCAAAAAAAAAUUUUUUUCAGUUUCCCCAAUUGUCAUUUUCCCCAAUUUUUGCUCCCGAUCAUGAUCACACAUUGUAAAUAUAUUUUUAGGCUUUGAAACGUGAUUAUGGAGAUCUUCAACGUAGAGCUACCAUAACCGCUCGAGCAAAGGAACAUCCGUCCCCCGUCAAGGAAGUCCGCGAGCCAAAUGAAUAUUCCAAUCUUCAACUGCGACAACUUAAACGAAUCGCCACUUUAGGUGUUGGUGGAUUUGGGCGAGUGGAGCUGGUUUGCAUUGGCGGUGAUAAAUCCCGAACAUUUGCCUUGAAAGCACUGAAGAAGAAGCACAUUGUUGACACCAGACAACAGGAACAUAUUUUCGCCGAGAGGAAUAUUAUGAUGGAAACGCGGAACGACUGGAUCGUCCGAUUGUAUACUACAUUCCGAGAUUCGAAAUACGUGUACAUGCUGUUGGAAGCCUGUUUGGGUGGAGAGCUCUGGACCACACUCCGAGAUCGCGGUCAUUUCGACGACUACACUGCCAGAUUCUACGUCGCUUGUGUGCUGGAGGGACUGGAGUUUCUGCAUCACAAGACCAUCGUUUACCGAGAUCUGAAGCCCGAAAACUGUCUCUUAACCACCUCGGGGUAUUUGAAACUGGUUGAUUUUGGGUUUGCGAAACGAUUGGCCAGUGGCCGAAAGACGUGGACCUUCUGUGGCACCCCCGAAUACGUAUCACCUGAGAUUAUUUUGAACAAGGGUCAUGAUCAGGCUGCCGAUUAUUGGGCUUUGGGUAUCUACAUAUGCGAGUUGAUGCUCGGACGACCUCCAUUCCAGGUAAACCACAGAAUAGAACUUUAAAAGCAAUAUUAAUGUUUCUUACAGGCAUCCGACCCGAUGAAAACUUACACCCUGAUUCUGAAGGGAAUCGAUGCUUUGGAGAUUCCAAAUCGACGAAUUGGAAAAACGGCUACAGCCUUGGUGAAGAAAUUGUGUCGAGACAAUCCAGGAGAACGGCUGGGAUCGGGCUCCGGAGGAGUGAAUGAUAUCAGGAAGCACAGAUGGUUCAUGGGAUUCGAUUGGGAGGGCCUUAGAACUAGGACUCUGAAGCCACCCAUCAUCCCCAAGGUGACCAACCCGGCCGAUGUCUCAAACUUCGACAACUACCCACCAGAUCAGGAUGUGCCACCAGAUGAGUUCUCCGGCUGGGACGAAGGGUUCUAA